AACUAUGAUAACCAUAUUGUUAAUGUGAGAGUGUGAGGAAAAGAGUGAUUAAAUCUUCUGUUUUUACCCUUACUAAUUUUAAAAUCACGAUUGUAGGAAUGAUUCUCGAAAUAUAAAGAAUAUUUAAAAAAAAAGAUUUUUUUCUGCAAUGUUAAUGACUAAAGUUCCUAUAUUUAUUACCCCAAAGAAAAAACAAACAAUAAUCUACACACAGAAUCAUCGUAGUAUAAUCUUGCUUGUUAACGUAGGUGUAUAUAUCUUUUCUUAAAAUAUCAUUUGGCUCUGUCCUGCAAAAUAGCGACUCAAUAGUAAGGCUGGCAACUUUAGCAGAAUAAGGAUGUUAGCCCACUUAAGAUGGUGUCUAAACCUGUAUUUACGACCGUGAUUGAAGUUCAAUUGUUUUUAGCUAAUAUCCUAAAAUUUAGCAAGCAGCUGUGCUCACUCCAGAGUGUAUUUGUGAGAAAACAGUAUCGUAUAUGUAGCAAAGUAUACUCAGCAUUGUUCAGAGCUUAGACAACCUGAACGCAGCUUAUUUUAUUCUAAUCAGACUAUACUAAUUAAUCACAACGGAUAAGCUUUUCGAGAAAACUAGUAAAUGAAUUGAAAGCAAUUUCAUAAGUGCUAUUUGAAAUGGUAUUUUUUGAAUCAACUUUGAAAGCAUUCAAAUUGGAACAAUCAAGAAAGAAUUACAAUCAAGAAAAAUUCAAGUCAACGACACUUUCAAAAAUCUGGGAUGCGAAUCAUAACGUUUUGAAAAAAAUUUAUAUUCGAAGUAAUAUAUUUUUUGCAAAAAUAAAUAAAGCAUUUCAAAAUUUUAUUUUUUUUCCGACGAAUUUGAAGAUUUUUUGCUUUGCGACUAUUUCAGUAAAUAAAACUGUUGAAAACAAGGUUUUUAAAAGCAUCGUCGGAUUUUCAAGCGGCAUUUUUUUAACUUACAUUUUAUUUUUGCUUUUCUUUAUCCACGUAAAGUUGACCUUAUCAUCUGCAACUCUUUUUUGCUCAUUAUUAGGAAUGGUAUUAACUAUUGCUCUUGCCUUUUCUUCUUGCAUUCGGUGUAUUGUUUUUUUACUUUGUCUACAAUUAUUUUCCAAGCGAGGACGUCAAGCUUUGAUAGCUUAUGCUUUCAUCAUUAUGUUGACUGGUCCGACUAAUAACACACUCCAUAAUGUCCAAGUGUUAUCAGAGUCUCUCUCCUGUGGACAGGAAGAAUUGAAGCAAGUUAUUAAAAUCCUAACUAAUUUUGCUAAACAGCCUUUUUUUGCAUUUCGGCAUGCUUUAACAAAAAUAAUUAAGAUCAUGGAAAAUGUAAAGGAAAAUAUUGAAAAUCUUUUAUCUACAAUAAAAAAAUUUUUUCUCAGUCUUUAUUCAGUAAUAAAGUCAACAUAUGAUUGGCUUGGAAGCAUUGUAAAUCUUUGUAAUAAAAAAUUUGGAACUCCAUACGACAGAUGUCUUAAUAGUUUUGAAAUUGCUGUAGCUGAUUGUCAAGCAAAACUUGGACCCUUAUUUAAUAGUUUUUGUGAAGUAGCAAGUACUGUUCAAAGUUUAUGUUUUUCAAUGAAACCGUUUGAGUUUGUGUGUAUUUUAACUUCUCUGCUUCAAAACAUUAUUUUGGAUACACUACAAAAAAAUAUCAGAAAGUUUCUUUAUCAAAUAAAAAUAAUGUUUUAUGUUAAAAUUGAAUUUUCACACUUCUCAAACUUUGAAGCCAAUAAAACUAACUUUUAUGAGAAUAUUGUUUCUCAUAUUUUGAAAGAUGUUGAAUCUCAAACUCACAAUUUUUUAAGAGUGUUUAAUUCAAUGCGUUUCGUUACAAGUUUUUUUUUUCUUUGUGUUCUACUUAGAGUUGUUAAUUACAGGCACAAGUGGUUAACAAAAGACUCCUUCAACAACAAGUACCUUAAUGAAGAUUUUUACAAUAUUGAUUUAAUAAGAACACAAAAAAGCAAAGCAGUAGUCUUGCCACUUAGUGAAGGAGAAAAGAAGAAAUACACAACAUUCACAUCAGCAACAUUGAGUAGCAAAGAAAAAACUCGGCUGGCUAAAUCAACAAUUUUUUUGGGAAUCGCUUCUUUGAAAUUCUGCAUUAAUAUGUUUGUUGAUCAUAGUCUUUACUGGAUUUUGAGUACUAUUAAUUACUAUGGCCGAUUUUCAAAUGAAGUUCAACAAAGAAAUAUCAUUGGUUUUCGAAUUGCUGGUGAUGGUUACAUCUCUGAAAUCUACCGUGAUAUUUCCGGAAUCUUUCGGCAAUUCAAAAGAAAUGACAAAAACUCAACUUUCCUCUGCCUUCCGGACCCUCUAUCACCAAACUAUAGGAAAUAUAAUGAAAUCAUUAUAAUUGUGAUCUUUAGUUGGAUAAUGGCUCUUUUUGAACCAUUUGUAUUAAGAUUGAGUCAAGUCAUCAUGAGUCGCUACUAUCCCAGAAGAGCAAAACAUCGAGCAGUUUGGUUAUAUAACCAUAUUCUUCGGUAUUCUGUUGAACUAAUUGAAAUUGUGCUCAUUCAAUUCUUGUAUUUAUCCAUUGUUUUCAGAUCUCGAGGAAACUAUUUCAAAUGCAUGAGACGUAAAUUGCAUCGAAAAUGUAGAUUCAUAAUCGGAAAUUAUUCUGAAUAUAAUUCAUCAAAACGAUUUUCAUUUCAUACAAAUUCUAUUUCGACUGAUAAUUUGAGAAAUAAUCAAGAAAUAUGUCUCUUGUGUGGAGUUUCUGUGAAUGAAAGUUAUCUAUCUCACAUCCAAUGUACAACUUCAAAUUGUGACGGAAUAUUCUGUACGAUGUGCUACGCUGAUCUACACGGUUAUUGCACACUAUGUAACGUGUUGAUUGAGCAUAAUGAUUUAUCUAAUAUAAAUGAAAAAAAAAAAUGA